AAACGUUGGAAUGUGUACAAUUGAUUAAAAGUGCAUUUGAAAUGCAUAUUUUGUGUAAAAUAUAUAAACAAAAGUUAAUUUAAAGCGAAUCAUAUAUGAAAUAAAGUUUUGUAUGAACACAUAAUACUCAAAUUAAUGUAGUGAAACAGGCCUCGAUAUUCAAAAGCUUUUGCUUGAUGUAAGCAUAUACUACAAUCAGUUUUAUUAAAAUAAAAAGUAAAAGUAUAAAUAAACUUGUGUUAUAAAUACUAAAGCUUUAAUCACUUCACAAAUAACGAAAUCCACACGCACGGUACAAUAAAAUGUCGUCUGGUUUAAAGUGUCGCAAUUGUGGUUCUACCGAUAUCGAGGAAGACAAUGCACGUGGCGAUGCCGUUUGUACCAAUUGCGGUUCGGUGUUAGAAGAUUCGCUCAUUGUAUCCGAAAUACAAUUCGAAGAAAUUGGCCAUGGUGCGGCGGCGAUUGGUCAAUUUGUGUCCGCGGAAUCGAACGGCGGUGCGACAAAUUACGGUUAUGGUAAAUUUCAAGUCGGUUCCGGCACGGAAUCUCGUGAAGUGACCAUUAAAAAAGCAAAAAAAGAAAUAACUCAUUUGUGUCAGCAACUACAAUUAACGCAGCAUUAUAUUGAUACGGCAUUGAAUUUCUUUAAAAUGGCUUUAGCACGGCAUUUAACGCGUGGACGCAAGAGCACGCACAUUUAUGCCGCCUGUGUCUACAUCACCUGCCGCACGGAGGGCACAUCUCAUUUGCUGAUUGACAUCAGUGAUGUGCAACAAAUUUGCUCCUAUGAAUUGGGUCGUACUUAUCUGAAGCUAUCUAAUGCACUAUGCAUCAACAUUCCAUCUGUCGAUCCCUGCUUAUACAUUAUGCGCUUCGCCAAUAAAUUGCAGUUCGGCGCCAAAACCCAUGAGGUCUCCAUGACCGCUUUGCGCAUUGUCCAACGCAUGAAGAAGGAUUCGUUGCACUCGGGUCGCCGACCGACCGGUUUGUGUGGCGCAGCUCUGCUGAUCGCCGCACGCAUGCACGAGUUCAGCCGCACGAUCCUCGACAUUGUGGGCAUCGUGAAAAUACACGAGUCUACAGUGCGCAAGCGCUUAAUUGAAUUCGCGGACACACCCUCCAGCGCACUCACUUUGGAUGAAUUCAUGUCUGUCGAUCUGGAAGCGGAACAAGAUCCACCCGCUUUCAAGGCGGCACGGAAAAAGGAUCGCGAUCGCAUUAAAGAUAUUGGCGAACAUGAGUUAUCCAAAUUGCAAAAGGAAAUAGAUACACAUCUCGAAAAGGAUCUUAAGCGCAUACAAAAGAACACCAUCAAACGUCUGACUGGUGGUCUUGGCGACAUAGGAACCGACACCAAUUUCGAAGAAGUCGAAUCGGCGAACUUCAUUGAAGAGUCCAAUCUCGAGGCCAUCAAAGAAUGCCUCGCUGAUACCCCCGAUGUUAUGGGACCACAAAAAACAAAGAAAAUUGUGCUAAGCGGUCUUAAGCCGGACAUCGAGUCUAUGUGCCGUCCAGCACCGAGCGAACUGCUGGAAGUGGAAAAGGCCAAAGAGAAUGAUGUAAUGGAGGACUUAGACCUGGAAGGACUAGACGACGAGGAAAUCAACAAUUACAUACUCACGCACGAAGAGGCGGAGUACAAAAACAACAUGUGGAAUGCAUUAAAUGCCGAGUAUUUGAAAGAAAUGCGCGAAAAGGAGGAGCGUCUGGCCAAAGAACGCGAAGAGGGUAAGCCGGAGAAGAAAAAGCGACGGCCACGCCGUAAACCGAUCGGUCCCUCAACUAGCGCAGGGGAGGCUAUCGAGAAAAUGCUGCAGGAAAAGAAGAUCUCAAGCAAAAUCAAUUAUGAUAUUUUGCGUACGCUGACGGAAGGUAGCGUAACUGCUGCCAGCACGACAGCCGCAGAGGUUGCGGCAAACGAAGCUUUGGACGUGAAAAAUGUGCCAAUCAUUGAAACGGGGCCGAUUAAGCAGAAAAAUAGUCGCGCAAAACCAGCUUACACAAUUGGUGGACCGGCAGCCAAAGUGCCUAAAUUAGAGAUGGGUCUGCCCGUGGCAGAAGAAGUGGCGACACCAACGAAGCAGGAGCCGGUGGUUGUCGAGAAUGAUGACUUGGAUGAGUUCGUCGAUGAUGCUGACGCCGACGGCGAUGCUGAGGUGGAGCCGGAACCGGAACGUGAAUAUUCCUCGCUGAAGGAUAUGCUGAACGAUGGCGAAGAAGACGAUUACUAUGGCUAUGACGACUAUUGACUGCCAUUUGGGCAUAUUUGCUUCCUAUUAGAAGGCUAUGGAGUAACAUAUAUUAUACGGGCGAAUAUGGAAGCUAACUCACUUAUAUACUAGAAAUAUUUAUAUACAAUUAGCUAUUAUUGCCUAGAAAUUUUCUUAAUAUGAUCACGUGACGUGAAAAAAAUUAUCUGGGGAUCCCUCAUGUAUUCUGCAUUUGACUUACUUUAAAGCGCAGCAGUAUCUAGUAUAAAUAUUAAUAU